AUGUCCACUGCAAACUGUAGAUUUUAUGAGAAUAAGUACCCUGAAGUCGAUGACGUUGUUAUGGUCAAUGUUCAGCAAAUUGCUGAAAUGGGUGCUUAUGUUAAAUUAUUAGAGUAUGAUAACAUUGAAGGUAUGAUUCUUCUGAGCGAAUUGUCACGUAGACGUAUUAGAUCUAUCCAGAAAUUAAUUCGUGUUGGCAAGAACGAUGUUGUUGUCGUCUUGAGAGUUGAUAAGGAGAAAGGUUACAUUGAUUUAUCCAAACGUAGAGUUUCUUCUGAAGAUAUUAUUAAGUGCGAAGAAAAAUACCAGAAAUCCAAGAGUGUUCAUUCAAUUUUGAGAUUCUGUUCUGAAAAAUUCCAAAUUCCUCUAGAAGAAUUGUACAAAACAAUUGCUUGGCCAUUAAGUCGAAAAUAUGGACAUGCUUAUGAAGCUUUCAAAAUGUCUAUUAUCGAUGACACAAUUUGGGAAGGUAUUGAACCACCAACCAAAGAAGUUUUUGCUGAAUUGAAAGAAUACAUUUCUAGAAGAUUGACUCCACAAGCUGUGAAGAUUAGAGCCGACGUCGAAGUAUCUUGUUUUGGUUACGAAGGUAUUGAUGCUAUUAAGAAAGCUUUAAAAGCUGCUGAAAGUUUAUCAACUGAGCAAAUGCAAAUUAAAGUUAAAUUAGUUGCUGCUCCAUUAUAUGUAAUCACCACCCAAGCAUUAGAUAAAGCAAAAGGUAUUGAAUUAUUGGAACAAGCUUUAGAAAAGAUUAGUGAGGUUAUUUCAGAAUUCGACGGUGUUUGUAACGUCACUACUGCUCCAAAAUCUGUCACUGCUACUGAAGAUGCUGAGCUGCAAGCAUUGUUAGAGAGCAAAGAGUUAGAUAACAGAAGUGACUCUGAAGAUGGUUCUGAGGGUUCUGACUACGAAUAG